CAGUAAACAAAACAUAGUUAUCAUCGUUUUACGUCGUUUACAACUUAAUAAAUAAAUAAAGCGAAAAUGUUUGUACUUUUCAACAAGGAAGUCGUUUAUUCCACACAAAAAUGCCUGACAACCACACAAUUACAAACAACAAUUACAAAUUUAUUGCAAUUUGAUGACUUUUAUUUGACUUCAAAUGGAAAGAAACUGCUUGAAGGAGAUACAAUAUGUGAAAACGCACGAGUACAUAUUAAUUUAAGACUAUGUGGAGGCAAAGGUGGUUUUGGGUCUAUGUUACGUGCCAUAGGUGCACAGAUUGAGAAAACAACCAAUCGUGAAGCUUGUAGGGAUUUAAGUGGAAGAAGAUUGAGGGACAUAAAUGAAGAACAAAGGUUAAAAACUUGGAUUUCUCAACAAGCAGACAGAGAAAAGCAACAAAAAGAUCAGAAAAGGAAGAAGUUGGAAAAAAUGUUGGAAACACCGAAACAUGAAUUUAAAGAUGAAAGUUACUAUAAAGAACGUGAAGAGUUGAGUGAAAAAGUUGAAGAUGCUGUUAUUUGUGGCAUGAAAAAUGCACAGAGUAGUAAUUUGGGAUUGAAUAAGAGGAAGAAUGCGGAGGAAUCUGGUGAGCUUAAGAGUAAAAAGACGAAAUUGUGGAUUGAUGAUGAUUUGGAUGAAGAUGAAUUAAGUAGUAGUGAUGAGGAUUCUGAUGAGAAUGAAGAAAAAGAUAAGAAAAGUUGUGAAAUGGAACAAUCUGAGUAUAACAAAGGAGAAAAAAGUUGUGAAGAUGAAAAACAUAAUCAAAUAGAUUAUGAAAAUGAACAAGAAAAUGUAGAUAAAGAAUGUGGGGAUAACGAGAAGGAAAAAAAUUGUGAAGAUGAGAAAAACAUUCAAAAAGUUAACAAAGAUACAUAAUCAACCAAAAUGGGGAUGGUUUAUAUUAUGAAUUUAAUUAAAUGUGAAUAUAAAUCUUGUAAAUAAUUAAUUUUAAUGACUAUAGAUGUAUUAAAAUUAUGAGAAAAAAUA